UUAGGGAAACUAUUUUAGGAGCAGGAAUUGCAUCUGAGUUCAUCAUCACUUGUCCAAGGAGAAUUAAGACAGCUUUCUGCUUCAGCUAUUUGGAGGCUGCUUGGUUCUUUUACUUGAAAGACUUGGCUAGUGAUGGACCCAUACGUGAUUCAGAUGAACGGGAAGGGCAGCCUGCACUCUCUCCUGGACGUGCACGUCAACGUCGGUGGGAAGAACUCUCUGCCAGGAAAAGGGAAAGGCAGGAAGGCCAGAUGGUCCGUGAAGCCCUCGGACAUGGCCAACAACACUUUCAAUCCCAUCCGCGCCAUUGUGGACAGCAUGAAGGUGAAGCCAAACCCAGACAAAACCAUGAUUUCUCUGUCAAUUGGGGACCCUACGGUGUUUGGAAACCUGCCUACAGAUCCUGAAGUUACCCAAGCAAUGAAGGAUGCCCUGGACUCGGGGAAGUAUAACGGCUAUGCCCCCUCCAUCGGUUACCUGUCCAGUCGGGAAGAGAUUGCUUCUUAUUACCACUGUCCCGAGGCACCCCUGGAAGCUAAGGAUGUCAUUCUGACAAGUGGCUGCAGUCAGGCCAUUGAACUUUGUUUAGCAGUGCUGGCCAACCCGGGGCAGAACAUCCUGGUUCCGAGACCCGGUUUCUCUCUCUACAGGACUUUGGCUGAAUCUAUGGGGAUCGAGGUCAAACUCUACAAUUUAUUGCCAGAGAAGUCUUGGGAAAUUGACCUGAAACAAUUGGAAUCUCUGAUUGAUGAAAAGACAGCCUGUCUCAUUGUCAAUAAUCCAUCGAACCCCUGUGGGUCAGUGUUCAGUAGAAGUCAUCUCCAGAAGAUUCUGGCCGUGGCUGCAAGGCAGUGUGUCCCCAUCUUAGCUGAUGAGAUCUAUGGAGACAUGGUGUUUUCUGACUCCAAAUUUGAGCCUCUGGCCAACCUCAGCAGCAAUGUCCCCAUCCUGUCCUGUGGGGGGUUGGCCAAGCGCUGGCUGGUUCCUGGCUGGAGGUUGGGCUGGAUCCUCAUCCAUGACCGAAGAGACAUUUUUGGCAAUGAGAUCCGAGAUGGGCUGGUAAAGCUGAGCCAGCGGAUCCUGGGACCCUGCACCAUUGUCCAGGGAGCUUUGAAAAGCAUUCUGCGUCGCACCCCUCAAGAGUUCUACCACAACACUCUAAGCUUCCUGAAGUCCAAUGCUGAUCUGUGCUAUGGGGCUUUGGCUGCCAUCCCUGGACUCCGGCCAGUCCGCCCUUCGGGGGCCAUGUACCUCAUGGUAGAAAUUGAGAUGGAGCAUUUCCCAGAAUUUGAGAAUGACGUGGAGUUCACAGAGCGGUUAGUUGCUGAACAAUCUGUCCACUGCCUCCCGGCAACGUGCUUCGAGUACCCGAAUUUCUUCCGAGUGGUAAUCACAGUCCCUGAAGUGAUGAUGCUGGAGGCCUGUAGCCGGAUCCAGGAGUUCUGUGAGCAGCACUACCACUGUGCGGAAGGGAGCCAGGAGGAGUGUGACAAAUAGGCUUGAGUCCAUGCUCCUCAGUGUGUCCCGUCCAGGUAGAACUGGACUGGGCCCUGCUGCUCCUCGAGUCAGGUGCCCCUGCUGGGAGAGGGGCCUCAAAAACACAUUGAGGGCUCAGAAUGGCCCCUACUUUCCCCCACCUAUAUCCGUAUACACACUCUAAAUCCCAGAUUUUCGUCCUACUCUGCUCUGCUGGAGUGACUGACUGAUUGAUAUGCCCCCCUUUUAUGAUGACUUCCUCCUUUUUCUUUUUUAUGAGAGUACCAGGUGAACAGUAGUUACCAGAAAGCAGCAGAAACAAGAAAAUUAAGAGCUUAGGAUGAGAAAAACAAGAGGUUGAGAGAACCUCUCCCCCUCAUUCUGUAAGAACAUACUCUCUCUAGUCAUAUCUGAAGCCCAACUCUGUUACUGCCUAACUUCAGGUAUACCUCACUUUAUGCAAUAGUUGUAAUGAAGUUGGGGCACAUGUAUUUGGUUAAUUACAUUCUAAAUACAUCAGGAAACUUUGCUAAUUCAAAGUAUCCCUUACAGAAACACUUCUGUUGUUUUCUUUUUAUAAAGAAUUAUUUUGUAAUGUAAGUAGAUAUCCUUUAAUUGAUUGACUUUCUAAAUUUAGAUAUGUGUGUAUCAGGCUUUCUUAAAAUGAAGACACAUCUGUACUGAAAAAAAAAAAAAGGAAUCAUAGGACCUUCCAGAAACACUGCUCUGUAAGGGCCACAGAUAUCCUCACUUGUCACUGUCAUAGAAUCAUUAUUAUUUUGGCUGUAAUGUUAAUAUUGAUUUAUUGAUAUAUAUAUUAUAUUAUCUUUUCAUAUGUUUUCUAAGAAGCAUUUGUAUUAACAAGAUCCUUUAUUUUGCCAAAGGCAUAAAUUAUUGUUCUUCUUUUUUUAAAAAAAAAUAAAACUUACUAAGUAUG